UUAAUAAUUAUUAUGAAAAACAAAAAAAAACAAAUUUUUUUUCUCUCCUAGUUCUAUAUUUACUAAGCUUUGAUAACUAUAUACUUUGCAUAUGGAAAUGUGAUGUGAGUGAUGUCACUGGCAUGGUGGCCUUUCAAACAACACGAUAAUGUUAAAUCUAUGUAUAAACAAGAGAGAAAUCAUAGUAUUGUUUGUUUUUGGACAAAGUUAAAUAUUAGAAAAUAUUCAUUAUUAUUUUAUAUAUUUACAAUUGAAAACGUGUCAAUUACACAAGUGUUGUUGUUUGAAUUGAAAUAACAAUCGUCAUGCGUCUUAUAUAUUCUAUGAAAUUUUGGAAAAAGUUGAGAAAUAUUGAUUCACCUUCUCGAUCAUUAAGCAAUCAAUGGAAACAUAUUAUUUAUGGGAAGGAUGUUAUUGAUGGGAAAAAUCAUUCUCAACCGAUAGUUGCAUUGGAAUCCACGAUUAUAACCCAUGGGAUGCCUUUUCCUGAAAACUUUCAAACUGCUCUCAAAGUUGAAGAUGCUGUGAAAAAACAAGGAGCAAUACCUGCUACAAUAGGAAUCAUUGAUGGAAUUAUACACGUUGGUCUUGAUCAUGAACAAUUAAAAAUAUUAUCUAAAAGUAAUCCUGAAAAUACAGUUAAAUGUUCAGCAAGAGAUCUAUCUUCUGUCGUAUUGCAAAAGUUGAAUGGUGGGACUACAGUUAGUGCUACAAUGUUAAUAGCAAAUUUAGCAGGCAUACCGAUUAUGGCCACAGGUGGUAUAGGUGGUGUUCACAGAGAAGCAGAAACUACCUUCGAUAUAAGUACAGAUUUAAUUGAACUUGGUCGUACACCCAUUGCUGUUGUUUGUUCCGGUGUUAAAUCUAUUUUGGAUAUUGGUAAAACGUUAGAAUAUCUAGAAACUCAAGGAGUACCUGUUGUAAAUAUUGGCAAUAAUUAUAAUUUCCCAGCUUUCUAUUGUGCUGAAACAUAUGAUCAAUUAAAAGCUCCAUUUAAAGUAAAAGAUUCUAAAGAUGCAGCAGAUCUUAUAAGAAUACAAAGAGAAUUAAAUCUUUCUACAGGCAUAUUGUUAACUGUUUCUGUUCCUAAUGAGCAUGCAUUGAAUCCUAAUGAAGUAGAAAUAGAAAUAAGUAAAGCAUUAGAAAAGGCUAAACGUAUGCAUAUCAAAGGAAAAUAUGUUACACCAUUAUUAUUGAAAGAACUUAAUGAAAUGACAAGUGGCAAGUUUCUUAAGACUAAUAUUGCACUUAUAGAAAAUAAUGCUAAAGUUGCAGCAGAAAUAGCAAAAUAUCUUUGUGAAGAAAUUCAACAAGCUUCUACCUUAUCUCAACAUUCCAAACACUUACCAGCAUUUAAAAAAAGUCCUGUAGUGGUAGGUGCUGCAAUUGUGGAUACCAUUUUGCAAGUGGAGGAUUCUGAGAUAAAAUUUGAUGGUAGAAUGCACGCAGGCCAGGGUCGAAAAAGUUGUGGUGGUGUCGGCCGUAACUUAGCCGACGCUUUGAUCAAACUAGGUGCCUACAAUACGCGCUUUAUUUCCGUCGUUGGCAAUGACGAGCCUGGGACUGCUAUAUUCCACAGUUUGAAGGGUGGUGGUGGGACCUUGGAACAUUCCUCCAAUAUAUCCACGGCUAAUUGCACCGCGAUAAUCGAUGCUAAAGGUGAAUGUUGCUUCUAUGUUGGCGAAAUGGAUGCAUUCGCUGCAAUUGAUACCGAUUUAAUAAAAAAAUACCAAAAGCAAUUGGAAGAAGCUAGCAUUAUCGUCAUCGAUGCCAAUUUACCCACAGAAACUAUGGCAUUGAUCUUAGAUAUUGCCACCCACGCAAAAAUUCCAGUUUGGUACGAACCAACGGAUAUACGUGUGGCAACAAAAAUAUUUGAAAUUGGAUCGCAAUGGGAAAAUGCAUUGCAUUUUAUAUCACCUAAUAAAUAUGAAUUAUUAGUCAUAAGUAAAUAUUUGGGUUUACCAGUACCCGACAAUAAAUCAAUUACAUUGGAUGAUAUAAACGAAAUAGCAAAUCAUUUAGCAAAACACAUUCCAGUAAUCAUAAGUACUUUAGGAUCAGAAGGUGUUUUGAUAACACGUGAAGCUGAAAGAACUGACCCUUUUUAUGAUGAAAAUGGUAUUCUGAUAAAGAACGGUGCAAUUAAUUCUCGAUUAUACAGACCGUUAUCUCAAAUUUCCAAAAGUUCAAAUGAAACAUUCAGCACCAGUGGUUGUGGUGAUUGUUUCGCAGCAGGAAUAAUAUAUGGUAUUCAUAAAAAUUUGAACGAAGAAAAUUGUAUAAAUUUAGCUCUGAAAGCAGCUGAUUUAUCUUUGAAAUCUUAUCAACCUGUUCCUUCAACAUUAUCAAAUCUCGAUGAAGCAUAAAUUAUUAAACUUAUGUGUACAAUAAUUUUCACAGUUUACAAAUUUGUCAAUAAAAUAAUUUCAUUAUAUUAUAUUGUGUAUUUGAUUGUUUAUUUUAAUAAACAUACGUUAUAAUAUAAUAUACAUCAGUUAAAAAAUGUUCUUAUCUUAAUUCUUAAAACAAACGCAGAUCUUUCUAAUGUACGCCUAAAAUUGUACUCUUGGACGGAAACUACAUGAUCAUUGUAUUUUUGUUUAAUACAAACAUUAUACAAUAUAAUGUUAAUGUAUCGUACAUUUAAAUAUUAGUAUUGUGAAAUUAUAGCGCCUAUCAGGCAUGAAACAUUGUGCCUACAAAUACUGAAUAAUACCCAAAACAUGUAACAAUAUUAUAAAUGUAUAUUGCAAUUCAUUGAAAAUAUCUUUACAGAU